AUGAGAGGGAAGAGGAGGAGGGAGGGAGGGAGCGUAGUGAAGAAACAGCAAAGCUCCAGACAUGCUCUAAACAGGAACCCAGACACAGAGGCGGGUUAUCCUCACCCGAGGACGUUGACCGGCGCGAUCCCGAGGCUCCAGUGACUGGUCCCCAGAACGCACAUCCACACGGGGACGCCAGCCACAUGGAGAGGGAUAGUGAAGUCAGACUGCAUGCUCGUGAUGAUUCAUGUAGCUUAUCGCCAGUCGAGGCCCAGGGCCACAAUGGGGCUCAGACUCAGCAGGCUGAUCCACUGCAACAUCAGGAGUCAAAAGACAAGUCGGAGAAACCAGUGAGAGAGAGGCAGGGCGUUGGGAAUUCGUCCCAGCAUGAGCCCUCAGCAUGUCAGAACACCUCACCCGAAUCUGUUCCUGUCACUGGAACCUGUCGUAUUGGGACCAGCGAGGCCCCCGCAGAACCCACAGACGCAGAAUUGGACCCUGACCGACCACCACCACACCUGGCCUCCACAUAUGUGGACCCGGCUAGUUCGGCAAGAGAAACAGAGUGUGCAGUGAUAGUGGCAGGAGUGACCAGACACCAGCAUGCUGAUGUUGACCAACAAGCUACAUCCACCCAGGCUGAAAGUCCAGUUCCUGACCCUGAGAGUGAGAUGGUGGACAUCCCUCUCCGUCUCAACCAGCCCACAGAGUUGGUGUGCGCGAGCCCGUGUGGAGACAUCGACCACCUCGCCAGCAGCAAGAAGUAUCGCUCAGCGUUUGAUUGGACCGCUCAGAAUCAUACCAGGAACAGGCUAGGCCCUCCAGACAAGGACCACGGUACUCCAACAUCCCAGAAGCCCUCAUUGUCUGACCUCAACAUCAGACAAGCUCUCCUGGGCCUUCCCACCCUCCUCCAGGGCAGACAGGACUGCAGAGUCAUGAUGCAGUCCGGAGCAGCAGAGGUGUGUCCUGCUGCCAGCCCCCUGUCCUCCCUUCGAGGGCACCAGCAAGGGGAAUGGAAGGCUAUCAGAGAGGCCUUCUGUGACACCUCAGCGGAAAAAGAGGGCAGAGUCUCUAUCUCUGUCAGUUCUCCUCGCGUCCCUCAACACUCGACCGCCACCAGCAGGUUGCCAUGGCAGCCGAAUAACUCGAGCUCUGGAGGAGGUUCUGGGCUGGACCUGUCCUCUUCCCAGGACGUAGAAGACACCCAGCAGUCUGACAUCCGAGCCCAGAUCACCAGGAUAGAACAGUUCCUCUCCUCCGACCGGCUCCAGGCGCCCAAGAGACGCAGGACAGACUGCCUGUAGUCCACCUACAGCUCAGCGAGUCC